AUGGCAGAGCAACCUACGAAACAGAAGCUAUGGGGAGGCAGGUUCACGGGAACGACAGAUCCUCUCAUGCACGAAUUUAAUCAAUCGCUGAAAUAUGAUCAGCGAAUGCAUGCCGCCGAUAUCAAAGGUUCCAUCGCAUAUGCCAAGGCAUUGAGCCUCGUAGGCAUCUUGACCGCGCAGGAACGUGAUAAGAUCGUCGAUGGACUCAAACGCGUCGGUAAAGAAUGGGAGGACGGCGUCUUCAAACCACAACCAGAUGACGAAGACAUCCAUACUGCGAACGAGCGUCGUCUCAGCGAGCUCAUCGGACCCCUUGGUGGUAAACUGCAUACUGGCCGAUCGCGAAAUGAUCAAGUAGCAACAGAUAUGCGCAUUUGGCUUCUCGAAGAAGUCAAGGAUAUCGAGGAGUCUCUCAAAGGCCUCAUCCGUGUCAUGGUUGAGCGUGCCGAUAAAGAGAAGGACAUCCUGCUCCCCGGAUAUACCCACCUUCAGCGUGGGCAGCCCAUCCGCUGGUCCCACCUUCUUCUUUCCCAUGCAUUCUCGUUCCGAUCUGAUCUUGAACGUCUGCAACAACAAGUUGCACGUAUCUCGGUUCUUCCGUUAGGAUGUGGUGCCCUUGCCGGAAAUCCUUUUGUUGUGGACAGGGAGUUUCUAGCGAAGGAACUUGGCUUCCAGUCCCUUGCCGAGAACAGCUUGUGGGGUGUCGGAGACCGUGACUUCAUUGUCGAAUUCUUGAUGUGGGGCAGUCUAACUAUGGCCCAUAUUAGCCGCAUGGCAGAGGAUUUGAUCGUGUAUUCGACAGCCGAGUUCGGGUUCGUAAGCCUAAGCGAUGCCUACAGCACUGGUUCAAGUAUCAUGCCUCAGAAGAAGAACCCCGAUUCGCUAGAACUUCUGCGGGGGAAGUCAGGCCGUAUCUUUGGGAAUAUGGCCGGAUUCUUGAUGACACUGAAGGGACUCCCGUCUACAUACAACAAGGACCUACAGGAAGACAAGGAGCCCCUUUUUGAUUCCGUCGACAAUGUCUCAGCAUCCCUGAAGAUAGCGGAGGGCGUUGUAGCUACACUCGAGGUACACGCUGACAGAAUGCGCCAGGCGCUUACCAUGGACGUUCUGGCAACAGAUCUAGCAGAUUACCUUGUCCGCAAAGGCAUUCCAUUCCGAGAGACGCAUCAUAUUUCAGGACGAGCAGUCGCGCUUGCCGAAUCCCGCAAGUGUCAAUUAAACGAGCUUACGCUGGGAGAUUUCAAGCAGCUAAACGAGAAGUUCGAUAACGAUGUUCUAGCGGUGUUUGACUUUGAAGCGAGUGUGGAAAGGAGGGAGUCGAUUGGGGGAACGAGCAAGAAAAUGAUUGACCGACAGGUCUCCGUGCUGAGGGCCGCUCUCGCUAAUUAG